CAAAAGAUACAGAAACACUUGAAGCUGCUAUUUCGCGAAACCGCACUCUCCCUCUCGCAUUAACACACACAGCAAUGGCGACAAGCUCACGGGAAGAGGCCAAGCUCGAACGAUUCCUCCAUUGGUUACAGGUUAAUGGAGCGGAGCUACGCGGGUGCAAGAUCAACUACUCCGAUUCCAACAAAGGGUUUGGCAUUUUUUCGGCUAAUGAUGUUUCUGAUGGGGUUCUAUUAGUUGUUCCUCUGGAUCUAGCAAUAACUCCGAUGAGAGUUUUGCAAGACCCUCUUCUUGGACCAGAAUGUAGAGCAAUGUUUGAAGAAGGAGAUGUAGAUGAUAGGUUCUUGAUGAUCUUAUAUCUCACAGUGGAGCGCCUCCGCAAGAAUUCUUCUUGGAAACCGUACCUUGAUAUGCUUCCGACCACUUUUGGCAAUCCACUUUGGUUUACUGAUGAUGAGCUUUUGGAGCUAAAAGGGACAACAUUGUAUCGAGCAACGGAACUGCAGGGUUUAAGUAGUAAUAUAUCUGACCAAGGAUGGGUUUAUCUUACAGAAGAAAGCUUGGUGUCUUUAUAUGAUAAUAAACUGAAGGCUCUGGUGAAGAAACUGUUAACUCUGGACAGGGAUUUGGAAAGAGAUGUGUGCUUUGAAGAUUUCCUCUGGGCAAAUUCUCUUUUUUGGACCCGUGCUUUAAACAUUCCCCUUCCAUAUUCUUAUGUAUUUCCCAAAAUUCAAGAAGGCAGUGCUUCAGAUGGCAAAAAUAUUGAGGUUUCUACUAAUAUUUGCAAAGAAGAGUUGGUUAAUGGCAAAGAUGAAAAAGGAUGUCAUGUUGAAGGGAUUGAUAUUCCAGUUAGUAAAGCGACAUCCACGCCUAAACAAAAAGAGACUGUCUGGGUUGAGGGUCUUGUUCCUGGCAUUGACUUUUGCAACCAUGAUAUAAAGGCAGCAGCAACAUGGGAAGUUGACGAAACUGGAUCGAUAACUGGAGUUCCUAAUUCUAUGUAUCUUCUCUCGGCUGGACAACCCUUGCAGGUUGACGCAGAAAUUUCCAUAAGUUAUGGUAGCAAAGGGAACGAGGAACUACUUUAUCUGUAUGGUUUUGUCCUUGAUGGUAAUCCAGAUGACUAUCUCAUGGUUCAUUAUCCAGUAGAAGCCAUUCAAAAUGUUCCCUUUGCUGACUCGAAAGCACAGCUUCUCGAAGCACAGAAAGCUGAAAUGAGGUGUCUGUUACCUAGAAGUUUACUGGAUCAUGGCUUUUUCCCAGUAGGCAACUCAACUACUGAAGGAAGUGAGAAGUGCAAAAUCGACCAUGUAUGCAGCUAUAGUUGGAGUGGUCAGCGAAAGAUGCCAUCGUACUCACACAGGUUGGUUUUUCCUGAAAGCUUUUUGACAGCCUUGAGGACUAUAGCCAUGACGGAGGAUGAGCUAUUUCAGGUUUCAUCGCUGCUGGAAGAGCUUGUACAAUCAAGAGAGGGGAGGCAACCAUCUGAUUCAGAAGUUCAAGCAGCAGUAUGGGAAGCUUGUGGUGAUUCCGGAGCUUUGCAAAUACUCGUUGAUCUUCUUAACAUGAGGAUGACGGAUCUUCAGGAGUCUUCUGGUACAGAGGACAGCGACACCAUUUUGCUUGAAAAGACACGUAUUACUGAAAGUGCAAACCAGCAGAACGAGAACAAUUUAAGUGGAGGGACGGACGGCGUUGCACGACACAAGUCGAUGACUCGAAACGUGUGGUCUAGUAUAAUUUAUAGACGGGGGCAGAAGCAACUCACUCGACUGUUCCUCAAGGAAGCGGAACACGCCCUGCAAUUAGUCCUCAGCGAAGGGAACUGACUGUGUGUUAAAUCAUGCAAGCCUUAGUUUCCGAUUUGGGAUGUUCGUAAUAAAAGCUCCUUCUGUACACAGCUAGAAGCCUAGAAGUGCUUUCUGAACCGGCUAGUGCUUGUAAUUAUUCUUUUUGGUUCAUGCUAGUCAUUAUUUGUUUCCCGCAUCCAAGUAAUGGCCAAAGUUUUGCUUCCCAACUUCUUUGGUUACUAGUCUAUGUAAACUUAGAGACAUGUUAUUCCACAGUGAAAUGAAAAUACCAAAUUAUGGCA